AUGGAGAAAGCCGUAGAAAGACAAAAGAUUUUGCUUCGUCAUCUCAAUCCAAUUUCUUCUUCUUCUUCUUGUAUUAUCAAUCAUGAACCUGCUCUUCUAUCUGCUGUGAGUUGUGCUGCUGAGCUAUCCCCAAUGGCUGCUUUCGGAGACGACAUUGUGAUCGUAGCGGCAUAUCGCACUGCAAUCUGCAAAGCGAAACGUGGAGGUUUCAAAGACACUCUUCCAGAUGAUCUUCUAGCUUCUGUCCUCAAGGCUGUUGUGGAAAGAACAUCUCUGGAUCCAAGUGAAGUUGGAGAUAUCGUUGUUGGUACCGUUAUAGCGCCUGGUUCUCAGAGAGCCAUGGAAUGUAGAGUAGCUGCAUAUUUUGCUGGUUUUCCUGACUCUGUUCCAGUUAGAACUGUCAACAGACAAUGCUCAUCGGGGUUACAAGCAGUUGCUGAUGUUGCUGCUUCCAUUAGAGCUGGAUAUUACGACAUCGGUAUUGGUGCUGGAGUGGAAUCUAUGUCAGUUGAUCAUAUUACUGGAGGCGGCUUUAACUCCACCAAUCCGAGAGCACAAGAGUUCCCUAAAGCCAGAGACUGUUUGCUUCCAAUGGGGAUUACUUCUGAAAACGUUGCAGAGAGAUAUGGUGUCACCAGAGAAGAGCAAGAUAUGGCUGCGGUAACGUCUCACAAGCGUGCAGCAGCUGCAAACGCGUCUGGUAAACUCAAGGAUGAGAUAGUUCCUGUUGCUACUAAGAUUAUGGACCCUGAGACUAAAGCAGAGAAGGCAAUCGUCGUCUCUGUUGAUGACGGUGUACGUCCUAACUCAAACAUGGCAGAUUUGGCAAAGCUGAGGACAGUCUUUAAACCAGACGGUUCCACCACAGCCGGGAAUGCUAGUCAGAUCAGUGAUGGUGCUGGAGCCGUGCUGCUAAUGAAGAGAAGCUUAGCGAUCAAGAAGGGACUUCCCAUUCUUGGAGUAUUCAGGAGUUUUGCUGUUACCGGUGUGGAUCCUGCUGUGAUGGGUGUCGGUCCAGCUGUCGCCAUUCCCGCUGCAACUAAGCUCGCAGGGCUCAACGUCACCGAUAUUGAUCUAUUCGAGAUCAACGAGGCAUUUGCGUCUCAGUAUGUGUACUGUUGCAAGAAGCUAGAGCUGGAUAUGGAAAAGGUCAAUGUUAAUGGAGGAGCCAUUGCUAUUGGUCAUCCUCUGGGUGCUACAGGAGCUCGAUGUGUUGCGACAUUGUUGCACGAGAUGAAGCGGAGAGGAAAAGAUUGCCGCUUUGGAGUAAUCUCAAUGUGCAUAGGCACUGGUAUGGGAGCUGCAGCUGUUUUUGAGAGGGGAGACUCUGUUGAUAACUUGUCCAACGCUCGAGUGGCUAAUGGAGACGGUCAUUAG